AUGGCCCCGACAAAGAACUCUCGAAAAGAUCACGACGAUCACAAAGCCGACACUCCCGCCGGAGGGAAGAACGGCCACGGCUCUACAAAGAUGCGCCGCGGUGCCAGCCAUCAGUCUCACGCUGCUCUGAACCGCGAGCUGCAUGCCGCUCCCACUUCGGCGCCCGUACAAGUGCCGACCGAGCCUCUUCUGCCCAGCCUUCCCUGGGCCUCCUUCGAGCGACGAUCCCUCCACGCCUACCUCCGCGAGCACGAGCUCACCACGCCGUCCUCCUACACCAGCUCCUUUCACAAUUGGGUGCUGUCACGACCCGGCAGCUUGGGCUUAUACUCCCCCACAAUGGUUCGCAAGCAACAGAUCAAGCGACAGUCCAAAGAUCAGCUCGCCCUAGCUGUGCGCAAGCACUUCAAUGGGCUGGGCAUCCAAGAAAACGAUGUCAUUGUCGACUUCAUCUACAAAGUCCGCAACCACCAAGACGUCAAGGACCAAUCACCGACCAAAUACAGCAUCGAGGUGGCAGAUUGA